AUGACCCGGCCCGAAGAGCGAGAUGAAAACGGUCCCGGUAUCAGAGCGCUGUUGACGUCGAGGAGGUACCGGUAUGAGGGCGAGGGUGAGCUGGAUCCAGUUGGGUGCUACCCCUCGUGCUACCCCUCCCCUUCUCAAACCUGCCCACACGCCGUUGCACCACCUCAGAGUGCGCCGACCCUAGCUGCUCGCUACGGUACCUACUCUACCCGUCAAGAACGACAGGGGGCGGGCCGCUCUGCUUUGCCGGAGCGGCCGCUGGGCAUGCUCAGUGUGGGUGCCCUGCUUGCUUUGCUGGCGGUGAAAAGCAUCAACGGUGAGACGAAAAUGCGAAAACGAGACGUGGGAAAGAGAAGAAGGGCUUCCGCUUCCGCUUCCGCUUCCGCUUCCGCUUCCACGUCUGAUGAUGGCAUUGAUUUCGGUAGCUACCAAUCAGCUUUACCCGAUUUGAGUCGAAGGAGAGGCAGCAAAUACAAAAAGAAAAAAGAAAAAUCCCCUCCAAUGUGGGCUGGAACUUCCACCUCCUCGAACCCGGCAUCGGUGACAACUACCGCCGCCGCCGGGACCCACAGCGCAGCGUCGAAACCGGCCUACAAGAUGAAGCAUCAGGGAAAGCGGAUAGCGCAGAUUGUGCGGCUGCGAAAAGAGCAUGUGGAGGAGUACAAGCGGUGUCAUGCCCAGGUGUGGCCGGAGGUGCUGAAGCAGAUUAAGGAUAGCAACAUUGAGGAUUACUCUAUCUUCCAUGAUCCGGACACGGGAAUUCUGUUUGCGAAUUUCAAGUAUGUUGGGUAUAACUGGGCUGGCGACAUGGAGCGAAUGAGGGAGAAUCCAAAGGUCCAGGAAUGGUGGAAGAUGACAGACAGCUUCCAAGAAUCGUUCGUGCCCGGAGCCAAGUGCAGCUACGAUGGCGAGCCACCGUGGUGGAAAGGUGUCGAGGAAGUCUUCUACUUCCCAUGA